AUGGCGGUUGCUGAUCUGAGAGACGAGCUGAACUGCUCCGUCUGCCAGAAUGUGUACGAAGACCCUGUCAUGCUGAGAUGUGGACACAACUUCUGUUCCACCUGUAUAGGAAAGGUGCUGACAGCACAGGAAGGAUCUGGAAUGUAUUCUUGUCCACAAUGCAGAAUGCAGUUUGAGGAGCGACCGACACUACAGAGAAACAUCGUUUUAAGGAACAUUGCAGAGCGUUUUCGGUCUGCUCAUCUGGAGGAGCCCACCACCAGCUUGGAGAACAGAAAAUGCUCCAAACACAAAAGGAUCUUGGAAUAUUUUUGUUAUGAGGACUCUGUCUGUAUCUGUGUGUCCUGUAGAUUGGAUGGAAUACAUAAAGGACAUCAGGUUGAGCCUAUUGAAGAGGCUUUUGAAAAGAAGAGAGAAAAGUGGAGAAAUGUUCUUGAGGAGUUGUCUUCACAGAAAGACGAGGCCACAAGAAGGAUCCAGACUCUUCUGAGUCACAAGGACAAAGUGAUGAGGAAUGCAGCAAAUACAAAAGAUAAAGUCAUGGACAUGUUCAGGAAUAUUAAGAAAAAGUUGGAUGUUCUAGAGGAGAGAAUCCUCAACGAGGUUUACAAGCAAGAAGAGGAAACUUCAAACUCCAUAACUAAACUCAUCCAGAAUCUGGAAGUGAACAUUGAUAGCAUUUCAGAAAAGAUAACAAUGUUUGAGAAGAUGUACAGCAUGGCGGAUCCCUUACGUGUUUUACAAGACCACGGGGUGGACAGAGAUAAUGAAGCAAAGGACUGUAAGGUCUUGGAGAAAACACAAAGGAAGAACAAUGUUGUAAAAGAUUUUCAUGAAAGAAUGAUUUACGUACAAUUAUUCAAGAGUUUGUUUAAUAUUGUAAAUGAAGUAAGAGCGGAUACAUUGCAGACUGACUUAGACCUCAUACUAGACAGAGACACAGCAGGAAAUAGUGUAAAUAUUUCAAAAGACUUAAAAACCGUCUCUUGGGCAGAAAUACAGAAUAAUCUUCCUCGGACUCCAAAGAGAUUUCUUAUUAAUCAGGUUUUAAGUAAAAAUAGUUUUUCUUCAGGGCAACAUUACUGGGAAAUUGAGACAGGUAAAGCAGGUAGCUGGAGGGUAGGGGUAGCUUAUGCAAGUAUGGACACCAAAAUUCAGGGUUCAAUUGGAGACAAUAAGAAGUCCUGGUGUCUGCAAAGGUGUAAUGACAAGUAUUCUGUUAUGCAUGACCAGGACAAGAUCAGUUUUACGCAAUCUUCUUCCAGCCACAAUGUUGGGGUGUAUCUGGAUUACGAGGGUGGCCGUCUGUCCUUUUAUGAGCUAUGUGGUUCGGUCAGACACAUACACACCUUUCAUACAAAUUUCACCGAACCCCUUCAUGCCGCUUUUCUAGUAUAUAAAAGCUUUGUGAAGCUUUUAUGA